GAAUUAUGUCUUUUGUUAAGUUAUAAACAAUGAACAACAUAAUGGUUAAAUAAUAAACCGAAAGUGAGAUGUAAAUCUGUUGUAAAGGGAACGGUUUACAUGAAAAACCACGUUACUAAUUAAUAGGCUGUAAGCAAGGCCCAAUAAGUUAAGCUAACAUAGGCCCAUGAGUCCAGCAAGAACCCAAAAGCACAUAAACCCUGCGAAAUUCGGCGCAGCUGGCAGUCCCAAUCGCCGGCGGCAGAAAAAUGGGGAAGAAAAGCAAGAGAAGCCAUGACGACCCUGAGCUCGAAAUGGAGGAGUCCGAGCUAACAGAGAGAAUCGACGGAGACCUCAAAAAGAAGAAUAAGAAGAAGAAGAAGAGAAGCCAUGAGGAUCCGGAGCAAAAGGUGAGUGACGACGGAGAAGCGAAGAAGAAAAAAAAGAAGAAAAGCAAGGAGGAGGAGGAGAAGGCAAAUGUAGAAGAAAAGAAAAAGGAAGAGAGACCAACUGUUACAAUAGCCAUAGCUGGCUCCAUCAUCAACAACACUCAAUCACUCGAGCUCGCCACACGUCUUGCUGGGCAAAUAGCUCGUGCAUCCACAAUAUUUCGAAUCGACGAGAUUGUAGUGUUUGACAAUAAGAGCAGCUCAGAGAUCAACUUAUCUGAUAGCAACGAGAGUGGGGCCCCUUUUCUCGUUCGUAUCUUGAAGUAUUUAGAGACACCACAGUAUUUGAGGAAGACUCUCUUCCCCAAGCACAAUGAUCUUAGAUUUGUGGGUAUGUUGCCACCUCUUGAUGCUCCUCACCAUCUGCGCAAGCACGAGUGGGAACAAUACCGUGAAGGUGUGACGCUAAGGGAAAAGCCAAUAAACUCUGAGGGUACGUUGGUUGAUGUGGGUCUAGACAAGAGUGUUGUUGUUGAUCAAGUGCUUAGUCCAGGUGUUAGAGUCACGGUAGCCAUGGGAGCCGACCGUGAUUUAGAUUUAGUACGUCAGAUUGUUCCGCCCUCUAAGCCAAGGGAAGAAGCAGGGAUGUACUGGGGAUACAAAGUACGAUAUGCAUCACAUCUAAGUUCAGUAUUCAAGGAAUGCCCUUUCGAGGGUGGUUACGAUUAUUUGAUUGGUACUUCGGAGCAUGGCCUGAAAAUUAGUUCAUCAGAGCUGAAAAUACCAACAUUUAGGCAUCUAUUGAUUGCAUUUGGAGGGCUAGCUGGUCUUGAAGAAAGUGUCGAAGAAGAUAACCAGUAUAAGGGGAAAAACGUGCGGGAAGCAUUUAAUAUAUACUUGAAUACAUGUCCACAUCAAGGAAGCCGAACCAUUCGAACAGAGGAAGCGAUGUUUAUAUCACUUCAGUACUUCCAAGAACCCAUUAGCAGGGCAAUGGAGGAGUUGAAGCUUGAUAGAAGAGUCAACGAAGAAGCUAUUGUUUGACAUUAGAUUUGAGGUGAUGUAAUGUAACCUAUGUCGAGAAAGCUUUUCCUAAUCGAUGUGUUAGAGUGUGGAGUCAGUUAUCUUCUCAUCGUACUAUAUGCCAGUAUCCGGUAUUAAAUUUUGUAUCCAGUGGUUCCCAAGAAAUGUACCCAUUUUGACAAUGAAGAAUUAAAUUAUGGAUUACCAACUAAAGUUUUUUUUUUUUUGUUCUUGUUAAACUUUUCCUUGCGUUGUUAAGUAAUUUGUGGAAAAUAUAAAACCCAUAGCUUAUGAAUGCUGCAUUCUCAUAGCUGCAUGGAAGCAGAAACACACAAUGGGUCAUGCUUGAGUUCGCAAAGUCAACACCAGAUAGUUAAACACAAGGACAGUAAAGCCAAGAGAAGAAGACACUACUCUUAAGCUUAUGGAAAAGAAAAAGGCUAAAUGUGAACAUGAUAAAGAGUUGAAUAAAAGUCAACAAGAUGAUUGUGUAUACUUCUUCAAAAUGGGAGUUAAUCUAAAAGUCAUAUAACUAACAAGCUUAAUGUGUUAUCCUCCCCCAACAUAGGUAAACAUUUUGUAAUAAAGAGUUAUCAUAUAUUAUUAGUCAACAUCAAAGUUUCUUAAAAGUCAAAACAAAACAAAGCAAGUUUCUUAACACACACACGUAUUAUUUAUUAGUCAACGUUUGUAUUAAAGAGUUAUCUAAAACUAAACGUCAUACAACAAGAGUAAUGUGUAUCCUCCCUCCCUAAGUUAUAUUAAUUUAAUGUUUGAAUAACGAACGGUUCAACACCAAUGCACCUUUCUUCUUCUUCUUAAAUUUGAACUCAAAGGGAAGAAGAAAACAAAAAAACAAAAAGCAUUACCAUUUUGAAUGAGGAGCAAUCUCAGCCGUCGGAUUAGAAAAGGCCGCUCUUAUACCAACCAACCAAACUCUUUCUCUCAUUGAGAAAAUUUGAAAUCUAACUGCGAGAAGAAGAUGUCGUCGAGGAUGAGAUCAUCUUCUUACCUGAAACCACCGCUUCCCAAAUCUCCGAUCCGUCUCCGAUCACGCCAAGUCCUCCUCUCCAACUCUUCUUCUUCCUCCACUCUGAAAACACCACCAGGUGUGACGAAGCCGGGACGAAGGUUAAGCCAUGGAGAUGCGGAAGCUAAGCUCCCGAUCGAGUCAGAGGAUGUGAAAACCAGAGCUGAGGCGUCGAAUCUGCAGAAUUUGGCUGCAGAUUCGGCUCCUGUGUUGUUCGAGAGAGGAAGGUUCUACGAGGAGUAUUCGGCGAGGAGGAACGAGAGACUGAAGAGGAAGAGCGGAGGAGAAGAAUCUGUAGUCAAAGGAGUCGAGCCUACGACCACCAAGAGAAGAGGAACCACUGUUGAAAGCAUGAGCAUGACCAAGGAGAACAAGAAGCCUCCUCUUCCUCUUCCUAUUGAUGUUGUUGUAACUAGUUCCAAGAAGAAAAGUGUUACUACUACUACUAUUACUAUGAGGGGUAGGAGAAUCUGAUGUUGCUUUCGGGAUUUCGAUGUAAAAAUCCAUGAAUCUUCUUUGUUUUGUUUUUGUUUUCUCAGUUACUCAUACAUUCAGAUCUAAUGCAUAUUCGAUUAUAUUAUUUCA